CUGUACAGGCAGGGGAAGACAGCACUGCUUUGCAUGUAGCUCACAACUAGAAGCUGACGUUUUCAACCAGUCAGUCUAGAAACGUGCUUGAAUGAGAACGUGGACUUUUCUCGAGUAGAAAAUGCUCUGAAAGUGAACUGGAUAGUGCCUGCCAGAGCUCAGUCUGCCUGAAAAUACCUUCCUUCACCCACGGGCCUGUUUGUCAUCAAGAGGGAAACUCUCCAACAGCCUAACGCUGCGAGUGAUGGGCUCGGAGAACAGCGCUUUAAAGAGCUACACACUGGAGGAGCCGCCGUUCACGCUGCCAACUGGACACACGAUUUAUCCAGCCGUGCUGCAAGAUGGCAAACUGGCUUCCGUCUUCGUGUACAAGCAGGAGAACGAAGACACAGUUCAUAAAGCUGCCAAGCACCUGAAAACCUUGCGCCACCCUUGCCUUCUGCGCUUCCUGUCUUGCACUGUGGAAGCCAAUGGGAUCCACCUGGUUACCGAACGCGUGAAGCCUUUGGAGAUGGUCCUGGAGACGCUCUCUUCUGCAGAAAUCUGUGCAGGGAUCUACGACGUGUUGCUAGCGCUCAUUUUCCUCCAUGACAGGGGAAACCUAACGCAUAACAAUGUCUGUUUAUCAUCUGUGUUUGUAAGUGAGGAUGGGCACUGGAAACUGGGAGGAAUGGAAACAGUCUGCAACUUCAACGAAGCCACCCCAGAGUUCCUGUGUCAUGUCAAGUCGGUCCGAGACCAGUCGUGCAUCCCAUGCGAGGAGAUGUCUGCAGAUUUCAAAAUUCUGCCUAGCAGCUAUGGGCAUGCAAGGGAUGCCUACGCGUUUGGAACAAUGGUUGAAAGUCUCCUGACGGUCCUAAACGAUCAGGUUUCAGCAGAUAUUCUCUCCAGCUUUCAGCAAACCUUGCACUGUACGCUGCUGAAUCCAGAUCCAAAGUGUCGUCCGCCACUGUCCAGCCUGCUGUCCCACGAGUUCUUCAGGAAUGAUUUUCUGGAAGUUGUGAACUUUCUGAAGACCUUAACAGUAAAAUCUGAGGAGGAAAAAACUGAAUUUUUCAAAUUCCUGCUGGACAGGGUGGCUGGCUUGUCAGAGGAGCUGAUAGCAUCACGACUGGUGCCUCUUCUACUCAACCAGCUUGUGUUUGCAGAACCUGUAGCUGUCAAGAGUUUUCUUCCUCAUCUGCUGGGUCCAAAGAAAGAGCAAACUGGAGAAAGCCAGACCAGCUGCCUCCUGUCGCCAGCCUUGUUCCAGACUCAUGUGAUUCCUGUGCUGCUGAAGCUAUUUGAGGUUCACGAGGAGCACGUUCGAAUGGUGUUGCUGUCUCACAUUCAUGCCUAUGCAGAACUAUUCUCUCGGGAAGAGUUGAAAAACAUCAUAUUGCCACAGGUAUUGCUGGGCCUUCGAGAUACUAGUGACUCUAUCGUGGCAAUAACACUGCACAGCUUAGCAGUUCUCGUCUCCCUCCUUGGACCUGAAGUAGUUGUAGGUGGUGAAAGAACAAAGAUUUUCAAAAGCUCUGCACCGAGUUUCAUGAAAACUGCUGAUCUCUCCCCAGAAGACUCACCCAGUCAUGUUGGAAGCAAUCAGAGGAAUCAAAUCACUCGGCCCUUGAAGAACAAUUCUAGCUUGCUCCCCAUCUCUGGAAAUGCACCUGUCAAGAAGCAUUCUGUGCAACAAGACAAUCCACUGGCUUUAAAGACAGGUGAGCAAGGCACUCAGCUACCCCUGAAUGGGGUUCCUGGAGGCAUCAGCAUGCUAGGGAGCAGCAGGAGCUCUUUGACUACCUCUGAAAAGCCAUCAGAGGAGUGGCCGGACUGGAGUGAGCCAGAGGAGAUGGACACUGAGAAAACUGUGAACAUCCAAAUUCAGCCCCGAGAGCCACAGGGCAGGGUGGGACCUUAUUUUGCUGAACGUGAUGUGGACGAGAAGCCUUGGGAUGACUUUGAGUCCAGCAGCCCUCGUACUGAACUGUCCUCAGGAAACUGCCUCACUGUGACGCCAGCUGAUGCAGCUGAAAUGCAGAGGCCUCCACCAGGUACCCAUCAGCUGAGCAAAGAAUUCAAAAACCUCAAAGUGAGCCCCCCCACGAAGUCCUGCCCUGGGAAUAGCUGGAAUAGCAACCACCAGGAACAACUGGGAAAAACUGUGCUGCCAAAAACAACCUUUCAGGAAAGGUUGAAGUCUUCACUGGAGCCUGGCCUAGGAGAAGAAUUCACAAUUAAAGUGAAGAGGAAACCAGUGCAGGACCCUGAGCUGGACUGGUUUGCUGACAUGACACCAGAUAUUAAACCUUCUUCAGCGGUCUUGAUUUUACCUGAAGUGAGGACAGAAGCAGUUGUUCCCAGUCACUCUGGUGCAGUAUCCAGCAGAGAAGGUGCCUCCCAGAAUGUGCUGUUUUCCUCCAAAUUUGCAGCAGCUGACAUUAUUGAGGCUGAAGCUGCAGGCUGGGGUGAAGAAGAAGAGUUGAACUGGGAAGAUGAUUCUAACUGGUAACGGGACUGAAAGAGACAAAGGCAAUUUAUGGUGUGUUGGAUUCUGUAAGUGAAGUUGCUGCUUCUACACUCUAAUGGAUAAGUACCUCAGCGCUGCUUUUGGGAGAAGGCAGGCACUUGCUGCAGCAGCCAGCAGGAUCCCAGGGGGGGCGACCCCUUGCACUGGAUGCUCCUUUCCAGUCUGUGCCAAAAACUGCAGGGGUGAGGCCUGCACUCAAGCAAUAUGCCCAGCCGUGGUGCGUGCCACUGCUACUGGAAAGAGGAACAGCAGGACAGGUGUGUUGGUGCUGACGGACUACUGGAGGGCGAGUGAUGUAAGUGAUUGUUCCAGAACUCAUCCCUGCUCUGAAAAACUGAUGACAAUAAACAAAAGCUACCCUGA